ACACACACACGGUCACAACUCACAACACACACCGUGCAGGCAGAGUCUCGUCACCCGUUACACGCUCCUCUCUCUGACUAAACCCUGAGUAUCGAAUCUCUGAUUGAUCUCGUGGGCUGGUGAAAAUGGUGGUAGGAGUGAACAGGAAGAUAUCGGCCGCGUCGGCGAGAGCUCACACCCGAAGAGCCAAGCAAAACAGCUCCUUCCAGCUUCCGGCAGGGAUUUUUAAGACGGCACUAGUAGCGUUGUUUAUUGGAUUAUCGGCGUGGGCAUACCAGGUGAUCCAACCUCCUCCAUCGAAGAUAUGUGGCUCUCCUGAUGGGCCUCCUGUUACAGGACCAAGAAUAAAACUUAGGGAUGGAAGGCAUUUGGCAUACAAAGAGCAUGGAGUCCCAAAAGAUAAUGCACAGCAUAAAAUAGUUUUUGUCCAUGGUGUUGAUAGUUGCAGGCAUGAUGCGGUCGUUGCUGAAACCAUGUCUUCGGAAACUGUGAAAGACUUGAGGAUCUAUGUUGUGUCUUUUGACAGACCUGGUUAUGGAGAAAGUGAUCCUAAUCCAAAGCGAACAGUGAAGAGCAUGGCUUCAGAUAUAGAGGAGCUGGCUGAUCAAUUAGGUUUAGGACACAGAUUUUAUGUAAUUGGUUUCUCCAUGGGCGGACAGGUGAUUUGGAGCUGCCUCAAGUACAUCCCUCACAGGAUUGCUGGAGCAGCACUUUUAGCGCCCGUGGUUAACUAUUGGUGGACUGGUAUUCCUGCAAAUCUAUCCAGUCAAGCUUACUCCCAACAGCUUCUGCAAGACCAAUGGGCAGUUCGUGUGUCGCACUACACCCCUUGGCUUACCUACUUUUGGAACACUCAAAAAUGGUUUCCUGGUUCAAGUGUUAUGGCUCAGAGUAGCGAUUGUCUUUCUGACCAAGACAAAGAACUUAUGCCUACUAUUCUUAAAGGACGACCACUUGUGGGACAGGUAAGACAGCAAGGAGAGUUUGAGACCGUUUACCGUGACAUGAAUGUUGGAUUUGGGACCUGGGAAUUCAGUCCUCUGGCACUGGAAAACCCAUUCCCGAACAAUGAAGCUUCCGUCCACGUGUGGCAAGGAGAUGAUGAUCGCAUGGUACCUGUUUUACUACAACGCUACAUUGCUGAACAGCUUCCUUGGAUCCGUUAUCAUGAGAUACCAGGUGCUGGACACUUGUUCCCACAUGCUGAUGGGAUGUGCGAGACCAUUGUCAAGGCACUUUUAGCUGACGGAUAGUAAACCCUUCCGCUUACAUAAUGAGCUACCGCAGGGUGAACUUUUCUGUGCGUUUCUCUGAUACGGAGUUACAAAUUUCAGUUGAUCAUUUUGGUAUGUAUGAUGCUUAUAGAUUGUUGCAUCACAAUGCAGUUUCUUCUCAGGGAUUGAAUUUUGAAAGUUGGAUUCGAGAACCAUUGUGUGAAACCAGGAUUGUUGUUUGGUACAUUUUGAUGUGGAGCUGUUCGAACCGAUAGUAAUGAAAAUUCUUGCACAUUCA